AUGUUUUUCCUUUACAAUAUGGAGCGCAGGGUCACCCUGCACCCUUCGUACUUUGGGCGCAACAUGCACGAGCUGGUCACGAGCAAGCUGCUGAAGGACGUCGAGGGAACCUGCGCCGGCAGCUACUACAUCAUUUCCAUCAUGGACACCUUCGAUAUCUCCGAGGGUCGCAUUCUUCCGGGCAGCGGUCUGGCCGAGUUCACCGUGGGCUAUCGCGCGGUCGUGUGGAGGCCCUUCAAGGGCGAGACGGUUGACGCCGUGGUUUACUCGGUCAACCACCAGGGCUUCUUCGCCCAGGCAGGACCCUUGCGCCUCUUCGUGUCGGCUCAUCUGAUUCCCUCUGAGAUCAAGUGGGAUCCCAAUGCCACGCCGCCACAGUUCACCAACAAUGAGGACACCAUCAUUGAGCCUGGCACGCAUGUGCGCGUCAAGGUUAUUGGUACGAGAACGGAAGUCGGUGAGAUGUGGGCCAUUGGCAGUAUCAAGGAGGACUACCUUGGCUGUCUACAGGAUUAG